AGCUGGGUGGAAAGUUGGGUUUUGCCAGAUUGUACUGGGCUCUUCUUUGUGACACCCAGCCAAGCCCUGUAUCCCCUUGGAGCCGGGCCAAGAGUCAUCAGAGCUGAGUGAUGGAUGACCUGCAGUCUCAGAACCUCUCCAUGGACAUGACCGACUCCCCUCCAACCUUGGCCAAUAACAGACUGGAGAAUGGCAUGGCCCAGCUGAUCACCACAGAGGCCUGGAACAUCAACUCUACUGAUCUGGUAAAGAAGGCCUUGGUGACUGUGCCAGCCCCAUCCAUCCUCAACCCCCCUGCUGAGUCCCAGAGCGGCAUGGCUCUGAAGGUGGCAGCCACUGUGCUGCAGCCCCUGUGCCUCGGGGAGAGCCCAGUGGUGAUGCCCAUUCACAUGCAGGUAGAGGGCGGCUCGGCACCAGAGCUCAACCCUAAUGCCAACGCCACCUACGUCAUGACCACACAGGGCCCCGUGCAGCUGCCUGUGGUGUUGGAGCAGCACGUUUUCCAGCACCUCAACUCCCCUCUGGUCCUGCCACAGGAGGCCCCGUGCUCCUCCAGUGCUAUCCAUAACAACCUCUUCCAGGGGGCUGAGGACCCCGAGGCCCAGCCCCAGCUUCUGGACCUGAGGAUCCCCAGCCAGCCACAGGAGCCUACACUGCCAUUUGAAACUGUGCUCCAGAAUUUAUUCCCUUCCCAGGGCUCUCUUGGCCCCCCACCCUGCCAGCCUCCUCCUGGCUAUGCCCCAGUGCCCCCACAACCAUUCAGCUCCCCCUUGUCUCCCUUGGUCCCACCAGCUACCCUCUUGGUGCCCUACCCUGUGAUUGUGCCAUUGCCAGUGCCCGUCCCUAUUCCCAUCCCCAUCCCAGUACCCCAGAAUUCAGAAGCCAAGUUCAGCUCCAGUUUCCCCAAGCCUCCAUCUUCCUUCAGCCUGCCUUCAUUUAAAGGCACUCAGACCUCUCUGGAAAAGGAUGAACUGAAGCCCCUAGACAUCCUCCAGCCAAAGGAGUACUACCAGCUCAGCCGCCACACCGUCAUCAAGAUGGGAAGUGAGAACGAAGCUCUGGAUCUUUCCAUGAAGUCAGUGCCCUGGCUCAAGACUGGUGAAGCCAGUCCCCCAAUCUUCCAAGAGGAUACAGCCCUAGACCUGUCACUGGCAGCCCACCGGAAGUCUGAGCCUCCCCCUGAGACAUUGUAUAACAGCAGUGGGCCCACAAACCCAGGUCACCCUGUGAUGGAGAAACUUCCCAGUGGCAUGGAAAUGCCCUUUGCCCCUGCCAUGCCCCCUGAGGCUUCAGCCAUGAUGGAUAGCCACAGCAGCAAAAGCAAUGCUGUGGAGAUGGUCAGCCAGCCCAGCUACCCCAGCAGUGAUGUCAAAGCUGAAAAUAACACUGAGGUUGUAAGCGAAUCCCAGGCAGCCAAGGUCAUUGUCUCGGUUGAAGACACCAUGCCUACCAUCUUCUGUGGCAAGAUCAAAGGCCUCUCAGGGGUGUCUACCAAAAACUUCUCCUUCAAAAGAGAAGACUCUGUGCUUCAGGGCUAUGACAUCAACACACAAGGAGAAGAAUCCCUAGGUAACAUGGAGUCCCAUAGGAAACCCAUCAAAAACCGGGGCAUAAAGUUAAAGAAAGUGAACUCCCAGGAAAUACAUAUGCUCCCAAUUAAAAAACAACGGCUGGCCACCUUUUUUCCAAGAAAAUGAAUAAUGGUUUUGAAAAUUUUUUUAUGAUGAUCACAUGGGAAAAGGUGCAUUGGUUUUUUUUUUUAAAGGCAUUUAGAACAAAGUAUCUUUGUUAAUUAUUUGGGGGAGUAGGUGGGAAGCAGAAAGGUGAAUUGGCUCUAGAGGCCCUGUAAGCUAGUAUCAUUUUCUUUUUUUUUUUAAUUUUUGACUUUUCACAAAUGAGUAAAUAAGAGCAACCUAUUUUUCAAGCAGAUUGCACAUUUUUUGCAGCUUUAAUGGAAUAUUGGGUGAAUCAGAGGGGGUUAAAAAGCUAUUUUCCUUGCCACAAAGUGCUUUGAUGAUGUAAUACCUAAUAAAGGGUAGGAUGAAUAUUUCACAAUAAAUGUUUGUUUGCACUAA